UCGGGCAGAUCACACCAUGAGAUUUCUCAAGUUUUGCAGGUUCAUAAGCAGCAGUUUAAGGAUUACGACAGUACCUUAGCGAAUUUGGGUAGCCACCUGGAUGCGGUUUCCCGUGGAGAUAGCGACAAAACCCUGGUUCUUGCAAAUGGCCUUUUCUUGGAAUCCACUAUUGAGGUCAAUACAUUCUUCAAAAAGGCUUUAGAGAAGCAUUUCCAUGCCGAUACACACAUGGUCAACUUCGCGUCAAAUUCAGAGGAGGCCCGAAAACAAAUUAAUGCUUGGGUGUCAGAUCACACGUGCAAGAAAAUCCCCGAUCUUAUGCCACGUAACUCGAUCGACAGUCAAACGCGCCUGGUUUUGGCCAACGCCAUCUACUUUAAAGGCACUUGGGAGAAGGUAUUUCACCGCGAAGCCACAACGAACUGGCCUUUUCAAACUCUUCAUAAUGGAGAGGUUCAGGUUCCAAUGAUGUCCGACAAUGGAGUCUAUGAGAUGUGUAGCUUCGAUGAGCUUGGCGCAUCGGCACUGAAAAUCCCUUUUAAAUUGUAG